AAGUUGGUCACGCUGAUGUCAGUCCUGUUCAGGUGGUGAUUAAGAAAACAUCUCUCUUCGUCUCUGAAAAUCAAACCACUCGCUAUCUUUAAGAACCUGUCGUCAUCCUAAUGUGAUUUCUAACGUGAUUAUAGCAGUAAUCACGGGCUCCUAAUAGAUUUUACAUUAGCUGGUCAUUGGAUAAUGGACCAGUAUGUUCGAUUGGACUUGUCUUCAAACUUGUCUUCUUCGUGUUCCUCUCUAAGUUCGAGCUCGUCAUCCUCCGACAUCCAUUUUCCUGGGCCCAAUCGCGUACCAACCCGAUUGAAGAAAGGUUCACACAGAGGUCGAGUUUGUACAAAACUCGUGCAAAGAGACAACAUGGACGUGCUGCAAGAAUGGAAGGACAAGGUCAAGAUUGACCUUCACCGUCACUUUGGCAAACCGAUCGAGAACUCAAAUCUGUAUUGGUGUCUGGUCUAUGACCUCUUAUUCAGCCAAAUUCUUGUCAUGCCUUUGUUCUCCAUGACCUGGCGAGGAACUUGGACAGUCUUGGAUUAUGUGUUUGACAUCUUAGUGUUCAAGGGACACUAUCAGGCCUCAGGGAUCUUCUCGUUGGCCUUGGGAAUCCUGGGGUCAAUGCCGUACAUGUUGUUCCAUCGAGUGGUCCAAGACUUUGCCAAAAAUGGGAGCACGUUUCGUUAUCUAGUGGUGUCGAGGGUUUUCACCGUGACCAAUUUCUACUUUGACCUUUUCCUGUGGAAAGGCCUUUGGGGACUAUUCAACCAUGUCAUCGGUCCAAGUUGGCAAAUCUCGGCCUCAGUUCUUGGAGUUAGUUUGGGCAUUCUUCUGCUCAGUCAGUAUGCCCUUAAAGUUUUGGGACCUCCUGUGCGAUUCUCCAUAGACAGAUCGCAAGAUUAUUUCCACAUGAGCACUGUUCUGUCGACUUCGCCGAGUGAUCCGAUGUGGAAAAGAGUUAUGGACGUAUUACUGACCAUCUUGGUGGCGAUCCUUGCCAUUCUCACCUUCUACGGCCUGUGGUCCUUGGCCGAUAUGUAUUACGACGACGUCAAUGAGCCUAUCCCCGUACAAGGUCGUCAUUACUGGCACUCAUUAGGUUAUGGUUACAUAGGCGUUUUCUUGGCCUUUAUCCUUCAACAUCUCUGCUUACUUUCGCAUUCUGGGUCCAUGGAAGUUAACCCGAACGACAAUUCCUUACUCAAUCGUGUCUGCUACGGUUGCGUUCUCAUCAUUGCCAUUUGGGGCGAUGUCUUAGUCUUUCGAAGUAUUUACUGCCUUUUCGACCUCUAUUUUAUUCCAAGCAAUCCAUUACUCAGCGUGUUUCUCUGCCAAUUUGGGGGCCUGGUACUCAUGAUGUUCUUUUACGUAAGUUCCAACCUUCACGGGGGAUUGUCCUCGGAAAAAUACCGCCAAGCUAAUGGGAUCCUGUUCGGAAAUUUCUAUCUGACUUAUCUGCUCUCAAAGAGAUCGGAUCAACAACUUUUGGCACCGAACUCUCCGAGCCAAUCUUCGUCAUCUUCGACAACGUCGGAUUCUUCCAAUAUCAAUCGAGCUUAUGAGGAUUGAAUUUUGACUCUCUCACCAUUGCAACCCUGUGAUAAAAACCCGUUGAUCCAAUCUGGAAUGCUCAGUAGUGACUGUCAACGUUCGAUCAAACUAUAACUGAUCGUUCACGUAUGAGACUUUAAAUACAGCUAAUAAGACAGAA